CAUUCCAAAUUCCAGCAGCAGAGAACACAGCUCCAAGCACGUAAAAUGUCCGAGACCAGCUCAAGGAAGGACCUUCGGCAGGAGCUUAGCCGCGCCUCGCGGCAGAUAAGUUUCAACUUUUGGCAGGAAUUCGAGCGGAUUCGCGCCAUCCAGCUGCAGCGCCUGCUGCAGGAGCGGCAGGAGAGGAAGCGAAUCAACACGUUGGUGAGCGCUGCCGACACGGAGACACGUCAGUUGACGGAGGCACUGAGUCGAUCCAUACUGUCCCAGGGCAAGAGCCUGGAAGCGAUGCCCUUGCCGGACACCAGCAUUCCCGCUCCAGAGGCAAAGCCAAGUGCGCACAAGCUGCUGCCCUUAGGCGCUAGAAAGGCGGUUCCAGGUGGUCCGCUGCCCAUCAAACAUCGCGCACAAAAUCAGCGCCUUCAAAUGGCCAACAAGUGCAAGGGCACAGCUCAAGCCAGUUCUAAGCCGGCCACAAAGAUCUCUGCGAAUCCAUCAAAGGGCGCCAAGUCGCUCGCCAGCUCGAAAACUGCUCCAGAUAUUUCGAAGAGGAAAGUCUCAAGGACCACAAGGAGAAAUUCGACUGCAUAACGGACUCCCCAACCUAAAACUAAUAUUUUCGUGCUGUUUUAAUGUUAAGAUUAAUCGCGUUGGUUAAGUACUUCUUUGUGGGAUUUGUGGCCCGCAUAAAGCUCAUUCGUAGCCCACUGACGAAUGCCACCCUGUGGGCACUUUGCUGUACAAAUUCCGACUAAAACAUACACAAAAAAUCAACUUGGACACGGAAAAAACUUGCAAAUUAAUUAACGGUACACGGGCCCCCAUGCUCUCCGCGGAGGAGCCAGACACGCACUCCAGACACCUGAGUAAUCAACAUUAUGUGGGCAUGGCAUGGCGAUGGUGAUUGUGAUGUUGUUGUUACUUUUCGAUAAAUCACGGAUAAAAAACAAUCAACGAAAAUGUAGCGUUAUUCAUCACAGGUGGUAAAUAUUUCAAGCCGAGGCUGACAACAAACGCGCGCCGAGCACAAAAGUAAAUUCAU